ACGACGAAGAAUGUGAAGAAAGGAAAAUUCAAUUGUCUACUUAUGGUAUCAAGGUUGAGAGUGAUGGUUCAGAAUUGUUUGGUAACUCACAAACACAUCAAGAAACAGAAUCGUGUGUAGAAAACGAACGAGUUACGGAACAAGGUGUUUCUGCAGUUCACAUUAAAGAAACACAAAGUUCAGAUGGAGAAAGCAACAGUGUUGCUCAUACUGGUAGUCAGCUUGCUUCUGAGCCAUUGGGUAGUACUGAAUUUGGUAUGAGCGCGUCCAAACCGGUUGAUUUAACAGAAGAUAAAACUACUGAUGAAGGAAACCAAGACACAAUCAGUACGGGUACUCAGCUUGCUUCUAAAGUAGUGGACAGUAUUGUUAAUUCAUCAGAGGUUGAUAUCAGAACAUUCAAACCGGUUGACGUAACAGGAGGCUCUACAACUGGUGACAACCACGACACGAUUAGUGCGGGAAUAAAAAUUGAGAAAAAUGUGGAAGGUGUUCCAAGCACAUCUUCUGAUUCCCAGCCUGCAGAUGACGGAUCCAAAGAGACUGCCCUGUGGUAUAUUCAUGUAUUAUUAGUCCGUGGACUGCCUCCACGGGAAGCUGGGAAUCUGAAGCAGCUGUUGAUCAUGACACUGGGGCACUUGGGCCACAGGAUCAGACCUAGACAGAAGGGUGAUAAAGUUUUGUAUGUGCAUUUCAAAUCUGAAGAUGAAAUGAAAAUUGCCCAAAGUCUUCUCCACAAUCAGAAUUUCUUGGGAUACACCUUGAAUGCAAAGGUGGUGAGUAAUGAACAACAGAAACGGAAAGCUUUGAUGAUUGAUGAAGAUUAUUAUCCACUGGCGAAGAAGAUUAAACCAGACCCUGAAGCACAUGACAUGAAGAAGAAACAGAAACAAGAAACCAGUAUGUUGCAGUUCAUCGAUGGGCCAUAUGGAGCCCAGCUUCACAGAAAAUCAGAGGAUCUUUAUAUGAAGCUACAGAGAAUAGCAAAACUUUUGUGUCGGCAUUACCCUAAAUAUGAUCGCAUGAUUAGCAAGAGAGAAAUGAAGUACCAAGGAUUAAUAUGCAUCUUGGAUAGAUUCAUUGGCUGCCCCCCUGAAGAACGUUUUGCAAUCAGAUGCAAAUUUUCUGUAGGAAUUGAUGAUGAGACUGGACUGCUUGUAGUGGGCUUCCACACUGGCGGUGGUAAGGUGAAUAAGGUCUCUUCAGUGAAUCACAACUUUCCUCCCCAUGUGGUACAGGCCGCACAGGUUUUUGAGGAUGCAAUUCAAGGAAUGGAGAAGGUAUCAGACAAAGAUGGCAUAGUCCAGUACAAGUUCUGGCAUGAGCUUGUUAUACGCACCAAUCAUGCAAGAGAUCUGAUGUUCAUGGUGUAUGUUCAGAGUCCACAAGAAACAGCAGAAGAAAGGAUGAAGCACUUGCAUGAAGAGUUAAAAGUGUUCUUUGAAAGUGAAGAUGCAAAGAAGUGUCGAAUAACCUCAAUCUACACCAAAGUCACACACACUCCUGCUUACAUCGCCCAACAGUUGACACUGGCAGUGGGGUCACCCUACCUUGAAGAAACAGUUCUGGAUCUGAAAUUCCAACUUUUGCCGUCAAUGCACUUCUGGAAUAACAUUCAUGCAGCAAAGAUGGUCUGCAAAGGCAUUGGUGAUUUGCUGGCCCUUUCAAAGAAAAUUACAGUGUUGGAAGUGGGCUGUGGUUUUGGCUUGAUUGGACUGUAUUUGUCAAAGAUGGCUGGAGAAGUCCUGAGUAUGGAUGCAGACCACUUUGUUGCAGAGGCUAGGAAACAUGCAGAACUUAAUGGAGUCACAGGCUGCCAAUAUUUUGGUGGCAAACCAGAGGAGGUUCUCCCUACAGUUGCUACAAAGAUAACUUGCAACAAGGCCUGUGCUAUCGUGAUCAGCAGUUCUAAUCACUCCUCUACUUGUGCCAAGGCAAUGAAGGAACUGAGAAGAAUUCCACAAGUUAGACGAGUGGUGUUGGUAACAGAGAUGUUUUAUUCACGCUUUAGUCCCAUAAUGACAUUGAGUAAACCUACCACUGCAAAUGAUAUGGGUUAUCCCUUCUUUCCACUGAGGGCAAUUCCAGUGGACACAAAGCCUAAUGGGAAAGGUUACAUGCUGCUAAUCCUGAUGGAACGCAUUGGACUCUUCAGCCUCCUCAAGACACCAGGCCCUCCACAUGAGAAGUCAGGGAAGACAAAGGAGUUCUGGGGUUCAGGAAGAGCAGCAUCAAGAAUGUGGAGACCAUAUGAAGUGGAGGCAGAGUAUACCGAGCUCUUAUUGAGAGGCACUGGAUACACAUGAUGGGUCAUUUACUUUGAAUUUUUUCCAACACAGGUGACAGGUGGGAAAAGCAAAGUUGAUACUGGUAGGGGCAGAGGAUUGUGUUCAAGGAUACUCCAGCCCAGUCAAGUUCCUCUGGACAACACCAGCUGGCAGUGCAUAGUGCUUAAUGGUGGCGUGUUGAGUGUUCUGAGGAAGGGAGAGAGCUGUGACCUCAGAAUUAAUGUUUAUUUUGGAGAAACAAAGUAAUGUGACAGAUGACAUUGAUAAGAAAAUUGUAAUUUCUUGAUACCUAAUGUUUGACUUAUGACUAUAGCAGAGCUCCAAA